AUGUCUUCGCUGCGUCGCCCAAUUGCCACUGCACUACAAGGUGCAUCAUCUGGAAGAGUCACACAAUCCUUACCUGCGUGCCUGUCCUCAUCCAUGUCAGCUACGGUGACUGCGCAAGAAUACGAGGCACUCACUAUUCUGCCAAUCUUUGACAUCUUUGACGCCCCAGUACGCCUGGGGGAGUCUUGCGCACCUGUGAGACGAACAGCCACGACCACUCGUGCUGCUACCCUCGAACGCAACGGUGAAAAAUUGCGCAAUGCCGCUAGCAACUUCACUCGAGCUCGCCAUUUCUCCUCACUACCUCCCCCCAUCGUGUUUGAUGGCCCUGCUCGCCCGGCACAUUUAUUGCCGCGAGCCCUUGAAAAUCGUCGCAAAAUGCGGCAAUACCUAUCUCUCUCCCCUAACAGACAGGCGCACACCCCUUCAACCCCCUUCAUAUCAACCUCAGAACCUGUAUAUGAAAUCUUCGAUGGACCUUCGCGAAUAACCCGUUAUAGAUACCCAUCGUCGUCUUCACAGUCUUCAUCACUGCCAUAUGUUUGCCUUGUUCUGGGUAUCUCUGGAGCCUUUGGCUGGACCAGCUGGGCGGCCAAUAGCGGCAGGGAACGGGGACAUCUUUAUAAGCGGGCAUGA